CCUGAGUCAGUAGCCUACAGCGUUUAUAACACACUCAGGAUGUUGGUGCCGGCGCUGGUGCUCCUGCGUGUAAUUCAGCUGGUCUCUGACCCGAGAUGAGAUUUCACCAUCAGCUGUGAGACAGACGGGGGGAGACGUCGCACACCUGCGGCUUAAAGGAAAUAGAUGGAGGGACUUGCGCCACAGCCGACCGAUUACUUCCCCUCCUCUCGUGGUCAACGGGGGAGCGCGUUUAUAAGCUGAUUUACCCAAAGGGAUGUGAAUACCUCCCCGGGAUUAGAAGGUUAUUGGGUGAUCGACAAUGCCCCGCGGCUCGGUCCGGCACUCCCGGCUUUUGUUGGUGUGGCAGCGGACGCAGGACGCCCGGUUUCCCCCGGUUCAUCUCCAGUAGCUGCACAGCCUCUGCUCCUGUGUCGCCCUCCCGGUGUGGAUAGGAUAAUAUGACUUCCUGGCUCCGCACAUACGGAAGUGUCCCUCUGUGUCUCCUGCUCUACUGCUUGGUGGUUGCUGUCUGCGCAGAAGACUCCAGUGCCGGUGACAGUGCGUGCCGGUCUCCUAGCAUCACUUCUUGUAAAGAGUGUCUCAGGCGCGGACCACAGUGUGCCUGGUGCUUCAAGGAGGACUUUCUGGAUGGAGCGGUGCCGAGCCAGCGCUGCGACCUGCCGGUGAAGCUGCUCAGGAGAGGCUGUGAGCCUGAGUUCAUGGAGCAGUCAGAGAUCAAGGUGGAGGUCAACACCACCAUCAGCGGCACUCAAGUAUCCCCACGAGACAUCAGCGUCACCCUCAGACCAGGUUCACAGGCCAGUGUAGUGGUGGCUGUGAAGCAGCUGAAGCGUUAUCCUGUGGAUCUGUACUACCUGGUUGAUGUGUCGGCCUCUAUGCAAGAAAACCUUGAUCAUUUGAAGACAGUGGGUGUGGCACUGUCUCUUCGUAUGACGGAGCACUCCUCGGACCUUCAGCUGGGUUUUGGCUCGUUUGUGGACAAGCCUGUCUCUCCUUACAUCAACGUCCAUCCAUCCAAGAUCAGCAACCCCUGCAGUGAUUAUGAGAUCCGCUGUCGUCCAGCCCAUGGCUUCCACCAUGUCCUGAGUAUGACUGGAAAUAUAAGCGAGUUCACGCGUGUGAUCAAACGCCAGCGCAUAUCUGGAAACAUGGACACACCUGAGGGGGGACUGGAUGCCAUGCUGCAAGCUGCUGUCUGCCAGAGAGAUGUGGGUUGGCGACCCGAGGCCAAACGUCUUUUGCUCCUGAUGACUGACCAGCCGUCUCACCUCGCCCUGGACAGCCGGCUGGCAGGGAUAGUGACGCCACACGACGGCCAGUGUCAUCUGGAGAACAAUGUCUACACAGGCAGCACCACGAUGGAUCAUCCCAGUAUGGGUCAGUUGUCUGACAAACUGCUUGAAAACUAUAUGUACUCGAUCUUUGCCGUGGAGAAGCAGCAGUACAAGUGGUACGAGGAAUUGGUGCGUUUGCUCCCCGGCUCCUACCUGGGAAAGUUAGGCCUCUUCCAGGCUCCAAACCUUAUCGAGCUGGUGGUGGACGCAUACAAGAGGUUGCUGUCGGAGGUGGCAGUAUCAGUGUCAGUGGAGGACAAGGCAGUCAGCAGGUACUGGGUGUCGGUUUCUCCUCUCUGUCCCAAUGGAUCCACGGCAAAGGACCAAAUGUGCUCGGGGGUGCAGCCGGACCAGACGGUGUACUUCAAUGUCACCAUCGGCAUGCACUCUUGUCCCGACAACGGGGAAGAUGAAGAUGUAACAGUGGUGGUUCGACCAGUGGGUUACAAUGAAUCCACCGUGGUUAGGAUCCACUCUAAAUGCACCUGCAGUUGUGGACCAACGAGGCGCUGCAAUGACGACAGCCAAUCACCAUGCAGAGGAACACAAGAGAGCACCAUUCAGGAGCAGAGGCCGCAUAACGGACUAAUUAAAAAGUCAGACCGAGAUUCAAACUGGAGUUGCCGAGCGGAUGGGUCUGAAGAGGUCUGCAGUGGUCGGGGAGUGUGUGAUUGUGGAUGGUGUUUGUGUGAUGAGACCAGGCUUGGGACAGUUUAUGGGAAAUACUGCGAGAAAGAUGACUUCUCCUGCCCGUACGAAGGGGGAUCUAUGUGUGGAGGUCGUGGUGUGUGUGUGUCAGGCGAGUGUGUGUGUGAAGACGGCUGGACAGGUGAUAGCUGUGGUUGUCCCAUCUCCACAGCAACCUGCCAAUCAGCCAACGGCUUGAUUUGCAGCGGCCAGGGCACGUGUGUGUGCGGCAAGUGUGUGUGCGACGACCCGAGACAAAGAGACUUCUGUGAGAGAUGUCCCACCUGCCAAAGCACCUGCCAAUCAUACUGGAAGUGUAUUGACUGCCACCUGUCUCAAGGCUUUACUCAAAAAGAGGCGGGACACUGCAACAACACCUGUGCAUCAUUGGUGGGAUACAUGGAUGAUGUUUUAGGCCAAGCAGGGGAGAAGUGGAUUCAGUGUAUGUACAUCAGCAAUGACAGCUGUCGGUAUCGCUUCCAAACAAGCUCUCAGUCCGGUCAGACGCAGCUUCACAUAAGCACAAGAGCAGAGUGUGCCAGCAACAGCCGGCUGGUAGGAACGUUCCUGUGCGUGUGUGCUCUGACGGCGCUGUGCGGGAUGGUGGUGGUGGCUGUGUUGCGGCUGGUGCUACUGAAGAGAAACCGGACACCAGAGGGCGCUACUGAGGACCCAGUCUAUUACUGCACUGGAAAGGAACUCUCAUACAUCCCUACAAGCAAUGAGAAGACAGUAACUUACAGGAGGGAGUGUCCACCUGACCAUCCUGUGGGGAUGCACAUCCAGGAUUCCAAGAUGCCCCUGGGUGACCCCUGGCCGUACUAAGCAAGGACAGAAGAAAGUCAGUAUAGAGAAGAAAAGUCAAAUAAAGGCUUCUCUUCAGCUUCUAAAUGAUCAUUAAACUUCAACCAGCUAAACGUGGAGACUGAUAAUGAUAAACUAAACUAUGAAAACCUCCAUGGAAUCACAUUUGUAAAAUGACCUGACCGAACUCUCAUCAACUGUGUGUGUGGCCAGUAUCCAGGAAAUGGAGAUGAAACAAAGAGCGAGUACUCCAUCUCCUCAUCCUCUGUAGCAGCAAGGAGGCUGCUUCUCCCACAGGGUGAUCACUCCUCGCUUUUUUUUGUCUGUGGUGUGUGUGUGUGUGUGUGUGUGUGUGUGUGUGUGUGUGUGUGUGUGUGUGUGUGUGUGUGUGUGUGUGUGUGUGUGUGUGUGUGUGUGUGUGUGUGUGUGUGUGUGUGUGUGUGUGUGUGUGUGUGUGUGUGUGUGUGUGUGUGUGUGUGUGUGGUGAAGAUAGGUGCAUUUAUUCUCAAUCUAGGUGGUAUAUUUAUGAUUCUACAGUGAGAACACUAUAUGUUUAAAGAUUAUGGGAUUGUGUGAAACUACAAAACUCAAACUGAAUAAUCUCCCUGUCUUAGUCUGCCCCCUUGUGGCCAGAUUGAGGUAUGACAUGUUUUUCUGCAUUAAUACUGUCAACACAUUACUGACCUCAUCUGUACUGCCUUGGGAUUUACAGUCAUUCCCAAAGCACACCAAUGACUGUAUUUCUUGAUUUGAUCAGAUCUUCAGUCAUUUUUGGUACGUAGUUUAUUUGUUGCAUUUUUUUUAAUGGACCAACUGCAUUGCAAAUUACUGUUACUUUAUGGAUUUUUUCUACCAUUAGUGAGAAUAUAGUUUCAUGUGUUUCAUAUUAGGUUUAGACUUGCACUAGAGCCAUUGUUUUGCAUUAUACUACUGAAACCUGUGGGUCUCUGGGUUAGAAAAGCUGUGAUAUUGGGUUUUAAAUGAUUUUGCUAAAUGUUGGGCAUUACAAGAUACGUACUAAGUGCAUUCAAGGCCAAUGUAACAAAUCCCACAACUCUGCGAUAACAAUAGAUUGAAAAAUCAUGUAUAAAAAAUCUAUUAAUGGCAACUUCUUCAUCAAACUCCUACACAUGCAGCCUCUUUAACAGCUACAGCAGCAGGACUGUGUCUGCAGGCAUCUGCUGAUCAUCGCAAAACCAUUACUGACAGGGUUUGGACUCAAACUCCUUUACAAAUGAGCUCCGAAGGUACUGAGAUUAGAGGUGGAAGUAAAACCUUAUGCACUAUAUCCUCUGAAUCCAGAGUGCCAGUUGCAUGGCGUCUUGUUAAAACAUUUGCUUGCCCAAUCCUGUUCCUGUCUUUGAAUUUUAUGUAACACAAUGUUGUUUACAGCAAUAGCUGCACUCUUUUACUGUAAGUCGGGAACACUAAUUAUAAUUUAUUGUGAUUUUGUUUUCUUUCUUUUUUAUUUAUGAUAAUUCUGCUAUUUUAUGAGAAGGUGACUGGAGUUAUAGGCUGUAAGAACAGUUUGUGUUUAUGAAGAGCAGUCUCUAUCUUUAACCAUGAGAAUAGUUCAGCAAUAAGGUUAUAAUCAUCUCAUUUAACCCGGCACUGAGUUCAGAGUAACAACAGCACUUUUAUGUGUAGUUCUGCUAGCAAAAAUGUGACUAGUUGUGUAGCAUGAAUAUUUGCAUCGCAAUAAAAUGUGCAAGAUUUUUUAUUA